AUGGAUGGCACCAUCGAGGCGUGUCUGAGCCACCUGUUGAAACGGCGAGCGGCGGGCUUCCUGCGUAGCGACAAGAUCGCCGCCCUUUUCACCAAGAUCGGCAAGGUCAACGCCACGGCCGGAGAGGUGUGCCAGAAGGUCCAGGAGCAGCUCACACAGCAGGCAGAGGUCAUCAGAACCCAGAGGACCAAGAGUGUGGGUCAGGAGCCCCUGAGGAGGCAGGGGUCGUCGUCUGCAGGUCGCGCCCCCCAGCCCCUCUCUGCUCAGGCCAUCAAGCACAUCUGGGUACGCACCGCCCUCUUCGAGAAGGUCCUGGACAAGGUCGUACAGUACAUCGUGGAUAACUCCAGUAAGUACUAUGAGAGGGAGGCUCUGAUGCAUGACUCAGUGUUUGGACCCAUCCUGGCAUUUCUACUGGUGGGUCCCUGUGCUCUGGAGUACACUAAGCUGAAGACGUCCGACCACUUCUGGACGGACCCGUCAGCCAACGAGUUGGUCCAGCGUCACCGGAUCCACGGGGCCCACCGUGGUCAGGACGCUUCCCCCAGCAGGAGGCCCGCUCUGGGGAUCCGGAAGAGGCAGUCCAGCGUCAGCAUGUCCGAGGAUAAGUUUGCGGCGUCUGCUCGGGAAUACGUGGAAUCUCUUCACCAGAACUCCCGUACUCACCUGCUCUACGGCAAAAACAACGUCCUGGUCCAACCGAAGAAAGAAAUGGAGGUGUUGCGGGGGUACCUGUCCCUUCACCAGGCAGGGGACAACCUCACCCUGAAGUGGACCCCUAACCAGCUCAUCAACGGCACCCUGGGGGACUGUGGCCUGGAGAAGAGUAUUUAUUGGGACUAUGCGUUGACCGUGCCUUUACGACAGAUCGUGUGCAUUCACUGUCACCAGCAACCGGACUGUGGUGGAACUUUGGUGCUGGUUAGUCAGGAUGGUAUCCAGCACCCCCCUCUCCACUUCCCCCCCGGCGGCCACCUCCUGGCCUUCCUGUCCUGCCUGGAGACAGGCCUGCUGCCCCACGGUCAGCUGGAGCCUCCACUCUGGAGCCAGAGAGGCAAGGGUAAGGUGUUUCCUAAGCUAAGGAAGAGGACCAGCACGUCCAGGCUGUUAGAUCAGGAGGGAGAGGAGCAGACAGCAGCUGACUACGUGUUCCGUAUCGUCUACCCUGGAUGCCAGCACGACUCCAACCAUGGGGAGAUGAUGGACAUCCAGGGUGCGUAUAUAGGAGGCAGCCCGUCUUCAUGGCAGCAGGCAGCAGAGAGCACCAGUCACAUGUCGUCAUGUCUGUGUUGCUCCACAGGGGGCAGUAACGUCUCCUUGGAAUACCCAGCAGGCUGCACUUGCAUCCACGACCGGAUCCCUCUGAAGAUGCUGUGCCAGAAUAUGAAAAGGCAGAUCAUCUCCAGGGCCUUCUACGGAUGGCUGGCCUACUGUCGACACCUGUCCACGGUCCGUACCCAUCUGUCAGCACUGGUCAACCACAACAUUGUCCCUCCUGACAAACCUUGCGAGGCGUCGGGGGGCCUGAGCAGAGACGUGUGGAGCAAGUACCAGAAAGACUGCAAGAACUAUAAGGAGUUGGAGUUGUUGUGGCUGGUGUAUUAUGGAGGUGUACAGCAUGAGAUCAGGAAGGAAGUCUGGCCCUUCCUACUGGGUCACUACAAGUUUGGCAUGGGCAAGAAGGACAUGAGCCAGAUCGAUGAGAAGAUCAGUGCACGGUACCAGCAGGUGAUGAAGGAGUGGAAGGCCUGCGAGGUGAUAGUCAAGCAGAGAGAGAAAGAGAUGCAGUCGGCCAUCUUUGCUAAGCUGUCUUCAGGAAGCAGCAUAGACAGCCACGUCCUCCGACUCAGACAAUCCACUCUCUGCAACGAGGUGUUCAUGUCAGUGGAUGAGCCCGACGCGGGGGGGCAGGACACCCCUAGGGGGGGCGGAGGAGACACCCCCGGCCUCUCUACAGUUGUACCUCUUGCAGCCGGUGGAGCACUAGCUCCUGAUGAGCGCCCCCUAGUGGAGUUUGACUCCCCUGACUCCGGCCUCCCGUCCUCCCGGAACUACUCUGUCACCUCCGGGAUUCUCUCCUCUAUCGACGACGGCACGGAGGAGGAGGAGGCCCGGACACACUCCCACAGUGAGAUGGAGGAGGAGGUGCGACAGGAGUCGUUGAGUGAGGAGAGGCUGUGCAGUCAGCUGGAUAAGUUGAUGACCAAUGGGAAUGGAGGAGCAGAGGGGAUGCCUUCACUGUCCUCCUAUACGAUUGAGUUGUUGGACACAGUGGCUCUGAACCUCCACAGGAUAGACAAGGAUGUCCAGCGCUGUGAUCGUAACUACUACUACUUUACGACCGCUAACCUGGAGAAACUACGCAACAUCAUGUGCAGCUAUGUGUGGGAGCACCUGGAGAUGGGUUAUGUCCAGGGGAUGUGUGACCUGCUGGCCCCGCUCAUGGUCAUCCUGGACGAUGAGUGUCUGAGCGUACAGCUGUUUCACCCAGCUGAUGAAGAGGAUGAGCCAGAACUUCCCCAACGGCGGAGCCAUGGACACACACUUCGCCAACAUGAGGUCCCUUAUACAGAUCCUAGAUCCGGAGCUGUUUGAGCUGAUGCAUCAGAAUGGAGACUACACCCACUUCUAUUUCUGUUACCGCUGGUUCCUGCUGGACUUCAAAAGAGAGAUGCUGUACCAGGAUGUGUUCUCAGUAUGGGAGGUGAUCUGGGUGGCCCCCCGUAUCUCCUCUCAGCACUUCGUCCUGUUUCUGG